CAUUGAAGAGAUUUUGACCAUAUUUUUAUGUGCAAAAUCAUGUGACAACAACAUCAGUGAUAUUCUGCUGGUCCGAAGUUGGCACUUAUGGAGAAGUAACCAUGGCUUCUGUAAAGGUUGCUGUAAGAGUACGGCCUAUAAAUGCAAGGGAAAUCAAUCUUGGAUCAUCAUGUAUCAUUUCUAUGGAGGAUAAAAAGACCAGUAUCACAAAUCUAAAGAUCCCAGCUUCACAAAAAGAAUCAGGGGUGAAAGGGAGAGAAAGAAUCAAGACCUUCACAUAUGACUACUCCUACUGGUCAGUCCAGAAGGGAGAUCCCCAUUUUGCAUCUCAAGAAAGGGUGUAUUCUGAUCUGGGUUCCGAUGUCUUAGACUCUGCCUUUGAGGGCUACAAUGCCUGCAUCUUUGCCUAUGGACAAACAGGAUCUGGCAAAUCUUUCACCAUGAUGGGGGUGCCAGAUGGAGAAGGUCUCAUACCCAGGAUAUGUGAGGGGUUGUUUGCCAGGAUCAGGACUGAUUCCGACGAUGUGUCAUACAGGACGGAGGUCAGUUACCUUGAGAUCUACUGUGAGCGGGUGAGGGAUCUACUGAAGACCGGCAGGGAACACACCCUCAGAGUGAGAGAGCACCCAAGAGAUGGACCAUAUGUACAAGAUUUAUCCAAGCACCUGGUGUCAGAUUACUAUGAUGUCAAAGCACUUAUGGAUAAAGGCAACGAACAAAGAACUACAGCUUCCACCAACAUGAAUGAUACUAGCAGUAGAUCACAUGCCAUCUUCACCAUCACAUUCACUCAGGCCAAGUACAUUGCUGAUAUGCCAAGCGAGACGGUCAGUAAAAUCAAUCUGGUGGAUUUGGCUGGAAGUGAACGAGCCAAUGCGACAGGUGCCACGGGGGACAGGUUAAAAGAAGGAGCCAACAUCAACAAAUCACUGGUCACCUUGGGGAAUGUCAUCUCUGCUCUUGCCGAUGCUUCCUCUUACAGCGCUCCUAGUCCUGGAGGGAACCGGAAGAAAGCUCUCUUCAUCCCGUACAGAGACUCGGUCCUGACCUGGCUCCUCAAAGACAGUCUGGGAGGAAACUCCAAGACCAUCAUGGUAGCAACCAUCUCACCGGCUGAUGUCAACUAUGGCGAAACUCUAAGCACUUUACGAUAUGCAAACAGAGCUAAGAACAUCAUCAAUAAGCCAACUAUCAAUGAGGACAAAAAUGUGAAGCUGAUUCGAGAACUGAGGGCAGAGAUCGCCAGGUUAAAGAAGAGACUUGGAACAUCAGACUUUGAUGACCUUCCCAUAGGCAAUAAUAUGAUGGACAAAUUACAUCAGAAUGAAGAAAGAGUAAAAGUAUUGACCAAAGAAUGGGCCUCAAAGUGGAAUGAAACUCAGAAUCUUCUUAAGGAGCGGACGCUAGCCCUGAGGUCAGAGGGCGUAGGGGUGGUGCUAGACUCUGAGAUGCCCCAUCUGAGUGUGAUCGACGAUGACCCCCUCAGCACCGGUCUGAAGCUCUACCACAUCAACGAAGGCACCACCACUGUAGGUCAUCAGGAUGCCGAUAAUAAGUGUGAUAUCAUGCUAAUCGGCCAUGACAUCCAGGAUGAACAUUGUCGCAUCGUGUGCACCAACGGGAAGGUGAUCUUACACCCGAUCCCCGGGGCCGACUGCGCCGUCAACGGCAAGGCCAUUACCGAACUAACCAAGCUCACGCAAGGUUGUUUUCUCUCCAUCGGUCAUAGCAACCUCUUCCGUUUCAAGCACCCUGCUGAAGCCAGGAGGUUAAGAAAGGAACUGAAAUCCAAAUCGAUGAAUGAUCUGUCCCUCUAUCGAUCGAUGGACAACCUCCUUGCGCCGCUGUCCUUCUCUCCAUUUGGCCUUGAAAUUAGACAAAAGAACCAAGAAGAAUGGAAUAGACUAAACCUGAAGAGAUCUGAGAUCCAGGUACUUGAGGAGCAGCACAAGCAGCAGGAGGCGGCCCGGCUCCAGGAGCAAGAAUCCCACGAGCGGAGCCUGGCCGAGCGCAUGACCACGCUGGACCGGCUGCGCGAGGAGGGGGAGACCGCGCAGCAGCACACGACGGAGGCCGAGCGGAGACUGGAGCAUGAGAGGCGGAGACUCAAGCGGCAGAGCGUGGACAUCAUGCACCAGCUGGAGGAGUUCCAGAAGGAGAAGACGCGCCAUCAGAGGGACAUCGAGGAGCGGCUCAAGGAGCUGGAGAGCGAGAGAGCCUCCUUGGAUGAGAUCAAGGUCAUGGUGGAGACGCAGAUGGAGAAGAGCAGACAGGAGAUGGAAGAGGAUGUCUCUGCAGAGAAGGUCCGACUGUCCGCGCUUGAACACAAGAGGGCAGGAGAGGUGUCCAAGGCUGUAGAAGAAUUGGCGAAACAGAAGCUUGAGCUUGAGAGGCAGUUGGAGGAACAUGAGAGGAGACACAGAGAGAAUCUCAAAUUGGUGGAUGAGAAAGAGGCAGAGAUGAAACAAGCCAUGAUGAAGCUCCAAGAUGAGGUGUACACCAAGAAGGAGAAUCUCCAGCAGGAGAGAGACGAGGAGCGUCAUUUUCUCCAGGUGGAGAAGGAGAAGCUGGAGGCACUCCGAGCCAAGCAGGAGAUCGCCCAGAAGAUCUCCUCUCAGAUGGACGACUCUGUCAAACAGAGACUAACCAGAGAGAGCAGUGAGAUCGCCAGAGCUCGGGACCAGUUUGAAAAGCUGAAACAGAGGCAGUUGGAUGCCAUCGAAGAGGAGGAGAAGAACAUUCAGUCCAGGGCAGAGUUCCUCGUCGGACAGAUUUGGGAGAAGAGAUCACGGCUGGAGAGUGAAAAGACUGAGUUGGAUGCCAGGGAAAGGGAAGGGCGGCAGAGGCUGGAUAAUGAUUUGUUUACAAGUGUUGAGGAGGAGGAACUCCUGAAGAGGUCUUUGGACGAAGUCAGCAAGAGGAGAAGAGCGGUGUUGGAGGAAAGGGACUCAUUGGACGAUGAGGAGGAGAAAGUGGAGAAGCUGAUUCAAGAGGAGUUUGUGGUCCUCGAGCAACAGAAGCAGAAGGACGAGAGGCUGUUAGAGGACGAGUGGAAGAGCCUCCUCCAGAUCGAGGCUGCGAACCUGGAGUUCAUCGAGCAGGAGGUGGUGAACAGGACGAUGGGUUGGGAGAAGCAAAAGACCAAACUGACCAACAUGGAGAAACAGCUCAAGAACUACCACCAGCAGCAGAAUGACCUGAGCAACCAACAGCAGGCUGCAGAGGGGAAGCUGGAAGUCAAGAGGACAACCAUCAAGGACGAGUUCCGUCAGGUGGAGCAUGGGCUCCAGGAGGAGAUCGGCCAGCUGGAGCAGAGGAUCAUCGAGAUCGACUCCCAGGAUGCAGGAGGGGCUGCCAUCAAGGACCAGAAGGUCAGGGUGGACAGCAUGGAGCACAAACAGGCAGAGUUCCUGGGGAACUACCAGGAGAAGCUCAAUUCCACUGAGGCAGAACUGUCUAGGGUCUUAGAGGAGCUCACCAAGGAGAGAGCAAAGGUAGAUGAACUCAACCAGACAGGUAGCUUCAUGGAAGGACAGUUCAGAGAGGAGCAGAAGAAACUCAACUCUAAACUAGAGAGUGUCCAACUUCUUGAAGAGCAGAUGCAACAGGCUGAGCAGGAGCUGGUGAAGAGAAGAGAGAACUUUGAAGAGGAGAGAAAGAGGGAGUUAGGGAGGAUAGAGGAGGAGAAGAGCAAACUUAGUGACCUCGAGAAUCAAGAAAGAAUAAAUCGACUAGUGGAGGAGGAGGUUAAGAAGAGACUCCUGGAAGAAAAGAUGGAACGGGAGAAUGCUGUUCUAGUGGAGAAGGAGAGCGAGAAGAUAGAAAGGGAACGUCAGAUGACGGCCAUAAGGGUGGCACAUGAGAAGGAGAUGAAAGAAAUGAGACAUCAGCUAGCGAUGAGGAGUCAUUCCUUGGCUGACUUACGGACAUCAAGGCUGUCUCUGAAUGCAAAUGCAGAUAACAGUCCAGAGGAUACACAAAGGAGGAUAUCAAAUCUAACUUUCAUUGAGACGCCCCACACUGCUGCCCUUGAGAACCCCAUUCAGAUCACACUCCCAAGGUUCAUGCAGAGAGGCCAUGGAUGGGACUCCUACUUCGUCUUUGAACUCCAUCUGAAAGUUUUAAAUGAGUCGUGGAUCGUGUUCAGAAGAUACAGGAGAUUCAGGGAGCUUCAUGAUUACAUGAGGAGAAAAUACAAAGAGGUGAAUGCCUUACAGUUUCCGCCUCGUCGUCUCUUUGGUAAUAAGUCUGAGAGAGUGGUGCUAAGAAGGAGGAUGGAGCUGGAGAGAUAUCUCCAGAAUCUCAUGCACGUGUGUAUGAAGAUUCCCAAGUGCCCCAUCGCGCCGGGUCCGGGUCGCGUCCUUUCCAAGCAGGUCGUCUGCGAGUGGUCGCCGUUCUUCCGCAAGGGUGCCUUCGACAUCACCAAGUAUGGAACCGGAUGAUGAGGGUGGGUGAACAACCCUGAUAGAACAGUAUCAAAAUCUGAACAGAACUUGCCAAAAAUCAUGAAUUAAACGAGUCCUACGAUAACAUGUUGCCUGUGUAUGCUGAUCGGCGCGUCAGGAAUUUACCGUAUGCCUCGCUUUUAUCCUUGCCAAUUUUGCCGUGAAGAAUGGAACCAAAAUGAGCUGAUUCGAGGGAAAUUUUGAUAACUUUUUCUUUUUGUGGUCGCUGAUGUUGGCUCAGUCGUGUCCAUGUGUAUAAUUAUGACUCCAGGGGGGCGUUACACAAAGCCUUUUCGCAAUGACAAAUGACAAAAAUCAGUGACAAAUCUGCUGAUAACCAAUCAGAAGCAAGGAUUUCAGUAGCUUAUAACAAAAACUGUCAUUUGAAAUACGAUUCCAGAAAGAAGUAGAGGAACUGAAACUUUCAACACCUAUAAGAGCAAAUCACAAGAAUUAAUGAAA